AUGAUAAACGAGACGGGUUUCCACAAGGAUACGGUUGAUAUCUUUACUUCCGAUGUUGAUCAUUCUAUGAAUUCGGCUCGUUUCAUCGAAUGGAUUGGUUUCGCUGCCUCUCAUCUACGUCUCUAUCACGGUCUUACUGCACGUAUCGCUAUUAUAAUCGACAAUGCCGCAUGGCACAACGAACUUACUGAAGAAAGUAAACCACCGAAACGAUCGUGGAGGAAAGAGCAGAUUCAGCAAUGGCUCACAGAACAUAAGGUCACGUUUGAUCCCAAGUUAACAAAAGCAGAGCUACUUGAAACUGCUUUUCAUCAUGUACCACCGAAACAGUAUAAGACGAAUGUAGCGGCUAUGGAGUAUGAUGUUGAGAUCGUUCGAUUGCCAAUCAAAUACUGUGUGCUAAACUUGAUCGAGUUGGCUUGGGCUCAGCUCAAGGGAUAUGUUAGAACGAACAACACUCUGUUUCGCUUGACUGACAUUCACUCGCUAUCACAGGAAUAUAUGGCUGCUGUCGACGAAGAUACCUCCGUUCGCUUUAUCGAACAUGCUCAAAAGGCUGAGGAAACUUUUCGAAAGGCCGAUAACUUCAUGGAAGAAGAAAUGGAACCGAAUUUAGUGGACGAUGAUGACGAGGACAUCGACCCGGAUGUUUAUCUGGACUCGACAGAUGAUGACGAUGGCUGUUAA